UCAACAGGUUCAAUUUACGCAAAUGUCACUUUAAAUAAUUUAUCUCUAUCGGUUCGAGUUUUAUUAAAUAUCAAUUUUAUUUAUGUAUUUUGCAGAAAAAUGGGUGUUAUUUUAAAGUAUGUGGUAGCCGGUUUGGUGCGUUACUGGCUAAUAAAUUUGGAUUAUUGGCAAACAAUAGCUACGAGAGUAGAAAUAGCGACGCCUCUAAACUCAUGGAAGAGGUUAAUGGAAGGCGUUUAUUUAUAUGAUCAUAACAUUAACCCUUACGAAGGAGACUCAUUUCAUGAAUCUCCUAUAAUGCUAUUAGCGUUCUACUAUAUCAUGAAGAAAGUGCCAUUUAUUUUGCCAGUUUUAUUUACGUUACUGGAUCUCCUGACUGCUCAUCUUCUUUAUAAGACUUCCAAGGCUUUUGUACGGAUUUUUAAGGAGUCGCAAGAGAAGAACCUGCUUGAAGUAGCUGAGGAAUCUAAGCCCAUGCUUCUGGAUGAUAGCCAGUUGAAAGAAUCGGCUGAAUAUGUGUUAUCAGUUUACUUGUUUAACCCAUACUCUGUUUUGAAUUGUGCUGGCAUGACCACAACAGUUGUUCAGAAUUUGUUGGUUGCUACUGCUCUGUGGGGUGCAUCAAGUGGGCAGAGAAUAGUGGCGUGUGUGUUCAUAGCACUGGCCACUCACCAGGCACUGUACCCGCUGUUGCUCAUUGUGCCCAUUGCUAUACUACUGGCUGAUGUCAACAAAGGAUGCACUAAAUGCUCCUACAUCAGAACACUACUAGUAUUUGUGUUGAGCUGGGGAUUCCUUAUUUAUUUAUCAGCAUACAUUAUGGACGGAUCUUACAAAUAUGUUUAUAAUACUUAUGGUUUCAUAUUGACGGUGCCUGACUUGAAGCCAAACAUUGGAUUGUUCUGGUACUUCUUCACUGAAAUGUUUGAACAUUUCCGAGUGUUAUUUGUGUGUGCAUUCCAAAUAAAUGCCCUGGCCCUGUACGUGGUACCCCUCACUCUGCGGUUCAAGAGAGAACCAGUAUUACUUGCUACCGUGCUUAUUGCCCUAUCAACAAUAUUCAGAUCUUAUCCUUGUGUGGGUGACGUCGGCUUCUACUUGGCAUUAUUGCCUAUGUGGAAACAUUUAUUUACAUUUAUGCAACAGAAAUUCAUAGUGGGCUGCACAUUUAUCAUCACAUCUGCUCUCGGACCAACAGUUUGGCAUCUGUGGAUAUAUUCAGGAUCAGCCAACGCUAACUUCUUCUUCGGAGUCACGCUCUCUUUCGCCACGGCACAAAUAUUCCUAAUAACAGACUUACUGUUUGCUUACAUUAAGAGAGAAUUUACUUUAAAACAUGGAUCAUCACGUCAAGUGGAUGGAAAGCCGGCCAAAUUAGUACUUCGAUAAUAGUUUUUAAUGUUUUUGUAUUUUUAUUAUGUAGCAUUUAACACUGCUGUGAAUAACUUACGUUUUAUUUCCAUAAAGCUUAAUUUUGCUUAACAUGGGUUAUAAAGGUUAGUGCAUUUUUGCAUUAAACCUUUUUAAAUCCAUCCAACAUACAUAGUAUUAUUAUAUUUUAACAUU